GCACAUGCCUGAUUUUCAGAUUUCAAUGGAUUCAACAAGUCCACCAGGUUCGUUAAAAGAUAGUGGUUUUAGUGUGAAAACCACUGACCCUUCUGGCCCAUCAACAGAUGAAAUGGAAAGUCUUAAAGAAGAACUGGAAAAAUGGAAGGAAAGAGUUGAAAAAGCUGAGAAAGCAAAAGCUGAUCUUCUCCUUUGUAAAUUGAGUGCUGAUGAAGAACACGUUAAAGCACAGGAUGAGCUGACAAAGCUAAAAGACUUGCAAGAGAAACAGCAUAAGGAAAGCGUUAUGUCUAGGGAAAGCUAUGAGGCAGAACUCUAUCUGCUAAAUCAAGAAAAUGCUGAGCUGAAGAGAGAGAUUGAAGAGCUCAAAGAAGACCUUGCAGCAAAUAACUCAUUGCUUUCACAGGCGUGUCAGAUUAAAAAAAAGGUGGCAGAAAUGAAAAUGAAGUUCAUUCAGAUGGAAGACAUAAAGGAUGAUUAUCCAGAUAUGAAUACUCACUGUACUUUUUAUGUAACUACAAAAAUCCCAUUCAAACUGAAUAAAAACCAAGCAGUGCUUACUUUUGAAGAUGAGGAAGUUGCUCAGAGGCUGAUAAAAAUGGGUAAGCAUACUGUGAACCUGGACAGCAAAAUGGCAGAUGUGAGAGUGAAGCCUUUUACACUUGAAAUGGGAAUCAAAUUUGAGCUCCAUGUCACUAUUUCUGGAAAGAAGAUCAACGUUUCUGAAAUACCAGAGCUGUCAAUUCCUGAUGAUUGGAUGAGAGACAAAUUAGAGCUGAAUUUCUACAAAUCUGAACAUGGAGGAGGAGAAGUAGAGAAUGUAAAAUAUGACAAGAGGUCUAGAACAGCUGUAAUUACGUUCCUCAGACCUGAAGCAGCUCGCAGCUCUGUGAGACAUACUAAAUAUCCUUUCUUUGUAAAUGGAAGGUGCCAUAUGGUUUCUGUGUCCGCAAGCACAGAAGAGCGCUUGGAAAAGCUUCAGAUCUACUCUGGGAUUUCUAAGAAGACCAUUCUGCUGAAAGGAAUUCAGGAGACUGAAGAUGAUGAAGAAAGUGUGCAGGACAUGAUUGAAAUUCAUUUUCAAAAGCCUAGUAAUGGUGGUGGGGAAAUAGAGAACAUCAAAUAUGUAUCAAAGGGGGUUACAUGGGCUUAUUUUGAGGAGGAUACUUAAUGCUAGCUGUAGAUGUAGAUAGAGCUCAUGAAAUUUUUGCUUCUUCAGAGGCACGGGAAAUUAUGCCGACAGUUAUUGUAUAAUUGUGCUUUAGUGUUCUGAAAUUCAUACUUGAAGAACUACCUGCCUUUUUGAUUUGACUAAGCAGAGAAAUUCAGUGAAAAUCACUGCUUGUGCUUCCAGAGAUUCCUGAUGAAGAUCAUGGAAAAGGCCUUUACCAGCACUUGAAACUUAAUAUAAGAUUGCUUUCUGCAAAUUUGAAGAUUUUGUAUCUUUCAAAUUUUAGGUAGGUGAUACACUCUAAAGUGGGGAUAGAUCUAUCCCUUCUUAAAUUUUGGUUAGGAGAGCCAGCCAUAACCCCACUCAAAAGUAUCCUCACAGAUCUGCUUUUUAAGUGCCUUAGCUUCAAAAAGUCUCUCUCCGAUACAACUCCAGUCCCACUUAGGUUAGCGGGUACCACCACACCUCAAAUACUUCAAAGCAAUUACUCUAUAGUUUCAUUAAAAUUUACAUCAACAAAUUAGUGAUGAAAUGGCAAUAGGAAAAGGAGACUUGCUCACUCACUCUGUAUAUGAUGGUUGUAAUGGACAAGGGGAAGAGUGCACAAAUGCCACGAAUGCACCUUACUAGAAAUGCAGUAAUGCUGCUUUUAGCUGUUGAAAUGCUGAUACUUCCUCCAGGAUCUGAUCCAACUUGUGCUGAGUUUCUUACAAGUUAAUAGGCUGGUUUGCUGGGUUUUCUUGUAUUUGUUUCUACAGUUAUUUUUUUUUCUUUGUUUUGUAUUCAGUGUUUUUGCUUAACUUAAAAUACUACAGGUGCUAGCUACAAAUUUAGAUGAUUCUUUAUCUAAAACAGGUGGCUUUGUAACAGUACUGGGGAAACAAUCUAAUGAUGAACGCUG